AUGCCGAAGAUUGUGCUAAAGAAGAAACAAACCAAAGAAACCAGGAAGCCACCUACACCACCACAUGAACCAACACCACCACAAUCACCAAUCCAAUCACCACCCCGACAACCUACACCACCACAACAAUCCUCACCACCGAAACAACCAACACCACCAAGAAAACCAUCACCACUACAUCAUUCACCACCACCACAACAAACCCUUCUCACCUCACAAGAAAUAUUUCAAACACCUCCACUCACCCAAGAUUUUGAUUUCGCAAACACUUCACAAGUAAAGAAUGUUGAAAAGAAGGUUGAUGAUGUAAUUGCUGAGAACAAGAAGCUAGCAGCUGAAAACAAGAAUUCAGAGAUAGACAUUUUGAAAGUAAGAAUUGCUGAGCUUGAGGAAGAAAAGGCUCGACGAGAUGAGCAAAAUGAGUAUUUUAAGUUGAAGAACAAAGAACUUGAAGCAGCUAAAGCGUUCAGAGAUCAUGAGUUUUAUAUGCUAAAUAAAGUUGUUGAAAGUAUGCUAGGAACAUCUGUAGAGCAAAAGUUUGAAGAGCUGCAAGUUGAAGAGCUCAGAGCUGAACGUCAAGCCAAAAUAGAUGAACAAAUGAAAGACAAAGGCAAAGGAGUUGAAGGAAGUUCUGCAGUGACAGAAAGAUCGACUGUUCCUUCAAUGGUGGUUGAAAAUCCUGAGCCUAUCUCUGCUGUUUCUGGUCUUUUUGAGGAUUAUACACCUCUUGAAGAGUUAAUGGGUGAUAGUGAUGAGGAUGAUGAAGAAGAGGAGGAUGAAGAGGAAGAUAAAAAGGAUGAGAAAGUGUAUUCUGCGAGCAGUCAUGGUUCAGAUGAUGAUGAUGAUGCUCAAGGUGGUACAGGGUUGAAAGUUACUGAAGCUUCUGCUGAACAGAAUGUUGAUAAUUUGAUGAACGAUUCAGUGAACGAAGAAUCAGGGGGAGCUAAUAGACAGGGGGAGUCAGGUGAUGCAGAGAAUGUUCAACAAGCUGAAAAGUUGAUUUUGAGGUUAGAUACUUAUCGUGAAGAAGGAGAGCAUUUCCAUACUUACACGUUGGAAGCAAUUAAAGAAAUGACUCGCGUGAUGGAUCCUGACAUUAAAUUCGACUUUGAAGAAGAAUUGAAUGCCUUUGACAUCAAUCAGCAGCGUGAUUACGAGUAUAAGUAUGUUGAAGAUGCUGACUUGUAUGACAGAGUUGAAGUCGAAGACUGGACAUAUGAUGAAAGUGUUAAUGAAGAUACCUCACAGUUGCCAACGUUGAUGGAAUUCUUUACUGAGGAGAAUCGUGAUGAGUUGCGAAGAAAAGUUGCUGAAAUUCUGAAAGAUAAAAACUUUGAUGGCACUCAAAAGGAUAUGGCAAAGGAAGAACGAAAGAAAUGGUUCAAAGUUAGUCACGAGAGGAAGUUCAAACGGCCUUUGAAGUAUUAUCAAUGUGAUCGAAGUGUAUCUCUCGGUGAUAUUAUUAGCUGGGGUUUUCUGCCUCAAGUUUAUGCGUAUACGAUUAGGAGGGAAUGCGGAGUUCAGUAUUUUGAAAAGUUACAUGAUAUUAUGUCACUUCCAUGGUGGGAUGUGGAUGAAUUGUUCUAUGUGGGGUUUGAUAAAGUUCGAGGCUUUGAGAGAUUUCAAGCACUGGAAACCACACUAUCCGAAGAGAGUUAUAAGAAGAGAUCCAGUGACAGGUGUUGA